CGCCUCAUUGGCCCGUUGCCCCAGACGUCAUCGGUACAGCCCCGCACGGUGCCGCUUUGACAGUCCAUAUUACAGGGCCGAAAAUACCCUGUUCCAGCUGGAGAAAUAUACCCGUGUCCAAGGUAUGGAUAUUCCUCAGUGAUUUCACACGAAAGAAAAUUGUCCCGGACUCCGCGGUUCUGGGAUUAACGCUGUUUUAUUAAGGGUGAGGUCUCCUUGCAUUCAGACAGCAUGGAGGACCAGAGCAUCCCCGGUGGCAUGAGCUCACGCUUCCUCAUCAUCUUCGACUUCGACGAGACCAUCGUGCACGCGAACAGCGAUGACGUCAUGGUGCAGGUAGCGCCAGGGAAGCAGCUGCCCGAUUGGCUGAAGGACUCAUUCCGUCCGGGACACUUCAAUGAGAACACGCAGCGUGUGUUAGCCUACAUGGCGGAACAGGGCGUUCCCCUAGACACCAUCCGCUCGGCCAUCGAACAAAUCCCCCCCUCGCCUGGCAUCCUCGAUCUUUUCCAGUUUCUGCAAUCCCAUCCCCAUGACUUUGAGACGGUGCUGGUAUCCGAUGCCAACAUGUACUUCAUUGAAGCAUGGCUUCAUAGGGCCGGCGCACGCCAGCUCUUCCUUAAGAUCUUCACCAAUCCAGCCAGUAUUAACACCAAAGGCCAGCUGCUGCUGCUGCCCUACCACUCUCACAGAUGCCCCCGCUGUCCAGACAACAUGUGUAAGCAGGUGAUCCUGCGGGAUUACCUAGCACAGCGGACUAAGGAGCGUGGGGGCCCUUUCCAGAGGGUCUGCUAUGUGGGAGAUGGUGCCAAUGACUUCUGUCCCUCUCUGGCCCUGGGGCCCAGCGACGUGGUCUUUCCCCGGGAAGGCUACCCCAUGCACAAGAUGAUCACAGCGACUCAACAGGGCGAGCCUUCAGGUUUCAAGGCUGCCAUGGUGCCUUGGGUCAGCGGGGAGGACGUGGUAGCACAUCUCAAGAGGCUGGUGGAGGAGAGGUGAGGGAGGGGUGCCUGGCGGAGGAGGUUGCAGGCAAAAAUCAAGAAGCCGUGAUCUCCUGUGACACCCCUUCACGCGGUGGCGUACAAUCAAGCAUACGGUCUCAGCUCAGAGAAACCCUGAGCUGGAGGAUGUCAUGCUGUGUGAGGCGUGUAUUCUUUAUGCUGUGACUUCUGACCCCAGUUGCCUUGAGAAAUUCACUCACUUUUUUUUUUUUUAAAAGUAAAGUCAACAAACCCCAGUACUGAACCACAGACAGAGAAGAACCACGGUCAAAGGGCCAACAGAGAGAAAUCAGAAACUCCAGUCGGACUUUCAGACUUGGACUCUUUUCUGAGGUUGUCAGCUGACUCAAGGGAAGAAAUCACAUUUUUCUCCAUGAUGAUUUGACGGUAAAAACUAAAAAAUAGCACAUUACUUUUGGAACAGAUUUUAACUAUAAACUCUUGAACUUGAAACACGCCAGUAUAUAGAGAAUGUUAUAGGUACAGAAUUUAUGUAACUUGAAAUAAUUUUUAAUAUAUCACACUAGAACCCUAGGAAAUAUUUUCUGUCAUUUUCAGACUGUGGAGAAUGACAGAUGUGUGGAUUUAUUUUACAUGUGCUGCAUGAAAGAUGUAAAAUUAUUCAGGGUAAUUUAAUCUGUUUAUUUUCAACACUUUAUGCAUAAUUUUGGUGCUAUUUAACCUACCCUGGGAAGGAUUAGAGCGUGUAUAACAUUUUUAUAAAUUAUAUCUAGUGUUCUGUGUUGUCCUUCAUAUUUUAAAUGUGUAAACUUGCACAUUCUUUGUACACAGUAAAUUAAUUGGCCCCAUCCCUGUUGGGUUAGGGUUAGGGUUAGGGUUAGGGUUAGGUGGAAAGUGAAAAUUUGGAACAGCUGCCAUUUACUGACUACUACAUGGAAGUAUAUUCAAGUGUGCAAGUAUGUAAAUUAAUAUAUGGAACAUACAUAUAAUUUGAAUUAUAUAAAUUAUAUUAUUAUUAUAUUGUCAUUAUAUUAUUGAAAUUAUAUUAUUAAGAUGUAAUAAAUAUUAAAUAUUCAUAUAUAAUACACAUUCAUGCACUGUUCAUUUUAUUAGGAAAGGCUGUUGACCUGCUCAUUCAUGCAAUAAUCAGCCAAUCAUGUGCCAGCGGCUCAGUGUAUAAAAUUGUGUUGCCAAGAGCUUUGGAUGAUGAUUAUAUCCAACACCAUAGUGGGGGGAAAUGCGGUUGUUGGUGCCAGAUGGGACCGCUUGAGUAUUUCAGUACCUGCUGGUCUCCCGGGGUUUCAAGCUGACAGGAGUGUUACGGUAAAUCUGAUAACCUCUCUUUGCAUGACACCGUAUUUUGAGCUGGAUGGGUUACAGCAGUAAAAAAUGACACCGGGUCCAUGUCAGCUAAGAAAGGGAAGCUGAAGUUACAGUGUGCACGGGCUCAGGGAAACAUGACAGCUUGUUGCCUGCUCUGAUGAAUCUUGAUUUCUGCAUGCAGACAGUUUGGCAUAACCAGCAUGGAUCCAACCAAUGGAUUCAGCCAGACCUAAAUUGUUCAGGAUGGUGGUGGUGUGGUGAUGUAGCGAUGUGGUGGAUGUUAUAUUGGUGGACAUUGGGCUGCCUAAUACCAAUCAGGCAUUGUUUACAGGCCACAGCCAACCUGAAUAUUGUUAAUGACCAUGUGCAUUUCUGGAUGGCCACAGUUUACUAUUGGCCACUUCCAACAGAAUCUUAAACCAGUUCCCUGUAUAUGACAACGAGUUCUGUGUACUUCAGUGGUCUCCCCAGUCAUCAGAUCUGAAUCCAGUGUAUCGCUGCUCUGGGAUGUUGUGGGAUGGGAGAUUCUACACAUGAAUCUGCAGCUAAAACCUGCAGCAAUUACUUAAUUUAACUCAGUAUUAUCAUAUUAACAUUGCCCAUUUUCCUGGUUUAGUAACUAAAACGCUUCCUUGAACACUUAUUAAAUUGUUUUAGUUAUGUUUUUACACAGUUUUAUAAAGCAAUGUAUCAUAAUUAAUUCUGAAUCAUUCAUACCAGAGAAUAACACAAUUUUAUACUGACGAUCUGACUGGAAAAUCAGUUCAGUGUUAAUAAGGGUAACGAAGGGCAAUGGAGACAUAAAGUAUUAAAUGGGCAAUGUUGAGGACCCCGGGGGGAGUGUUUGAUUGAAGCUGAAACUACUUGACCUAUUCUUUUAAGGAGGCCAAGUAUUUUGAAAUAUCUGACAUAGUUAUUAUACUUGUGUUCCGAAUAACUUUAAUCGAAACUGUACAUUGGGUUUGGACUGUCUUCAUCCCUAUCGUCAAUGAACUGAAUAAUUACAUUCAUAAGCAAAAAAGGGGAACACAGUGUAAGAGAAUUCGAUGUUGAAUAAGUAACUACUUAUUAAAUAAAGGCACCCAGUCAGUUAAAGAAUUAGUUUUGUCACAAAAAUUGCUGUGGGUGUUCUGAUUAGUCAUUGCAAGCACUGGCCAUAAUCCAUGACUUCAUUUUGCAAUUUUAUGUGAGCGGAUGAUUCACACAAAUGUUAGAAAUUUCUGGAGCAAAUGAAGCAGGCUAUUCUUCCAGUAGCUCAUAGCUAAACUUCAUGAACAAUAUUAAAAACAA